GUGCAAGAGAUGCAAGGCAAGUUCCAGUCCGCACUGGACAAUAUGGCUUUGGAGCUUCAAGAACUUCGCGCCGGUCGCAUUCCUCAACAGCCGGUCGACCUGACAAGCCUGAUGACAGAGCCCAGUUUGAUGACCGACGAGGACAUGAUGCACAUGAGGAACCCCAUGGGAUACGGUCCAAGUCAGGGCCGAGACGUGAGCAUGGAGGAGGCUUACCGGACCGAUCCAGAGUUUCGCCAGGAGGUGAACAUGAGCUUGGAACAAGAUUGGGAGGCCAAAUUGGCCGCACACUACGGGGAGGAUUACUACCUCUUGACUCAGGAAGAGAUGGAAGCUUGGAAUCAACAUGAACAAGAUCGCCGUCGUGUGUCCCAAGCUCCCAAGAAGAUCAAAGAGUUGCUUGAGACUGAGUACUAUGAGGAGAUGAAGAGCUUUCUUGACGACGAGAUCUUUGUCCAACCGAUUGACUUGAACUUCAAGGUCAAUGAGACCCUAAUGAACGACAAAGUGCCUUCGAAUGACCAGCCCCUUGUGACCGAGAUUUACACGAGUGCGAGAAACGUGAUGCAGGAAGCAAAACGUCGUGGUCACAAAGUGGGGACAUCUAUGAGCUUGGACAAUGGUUGGAAUUUCCAGCUUCGUCGUCAUCGAGAAGCUGCCAUUGAAAAAGUGAAGACGGAGAAACCCUUUUGUGUGGUACUGGCGUUUCCGUGUGGGCCCUUCAGUCCACUCCAGUUCCUGAACAAGAAGGGACACCGCUCCUGGCCUGCUCGUCUUCAUGCAGGCCGCAUUCUGAUGAAAUUUGCCUUGGAGAUCGCCCGCAUUCAAAUGAGCGAAGGACGACACUGCAUCCUCGAGAACCCUAAGCCAUCCUUGGCUUGGAGUGAACCCGAAAUGAAGAGGUUUUUUUUGGAGGAGGAAAAUGUUUUUCAAGCUGUCUUUGAUCAGUGCCGUUUUGGCCUUCGGAGUGUCUCAGGAGAGCUGCAUAAGAAGCCGACCCAGGUGGUGAGUUCUUCUUCGUGCGUUACAAGUAUGCUGGAUGGGGUGUGUUGCAUGCGUGACCAUUCCCACAUGCCGGUUCUUGGAGGUUCGAGAAUCACAGCUCCUGCUGGACUGUAUCCUCGGGCCUUGGCUCGCACUUUGGUUCGCGGACUGGAAGCCCAGUUCGAGAAGGACUUCAAGCCCUGUGAAGUUUUGGUUGCAGGUGUCCAUGAGGACGAUGGAGACCAAGUGGUCGCUGUUCGAGGAGAGAUUGAGGACAAUGAGGCCUCUGAUGAGGAGUUCGCAGUGUCCCCAGAUGAGAAAAAGCUGGUGAUCCCUGGCAGUGUGAAGGCGACGAUUCGCCGUCUUCAUGAAAACACAGGUCACAGAAGCAACACUCGCCUUGCUCGGGCUCUGACUUUGGCUGGAGCACCUUUGGAGGCGAUCGUGGCAGCCAAGAGACAUCAGUGUGCAGUCUGUCAAGAGAGGAAGCCCCCAAAAGUGAGACGACCAGCCUCUCUGCCGACGCCAAAAGAUCUCGGCGACCAAGUUCAUUUGGAUCUGUUAGAGAUUGAAGAUGCCAGAGAGAAGUACUUUGUGGCUCAUUGCACCGACUAUGCCACGAGGUUCCAAGCAGCAGAGAUUUUGGCAGACAAGUCAACUAAGGAAGUGAUUCGCUUCAUGGCAACUCGAUGGCUUCCUACUUUUGGUGCCCCUCGUGUUUUGGUCUGCGAUCAAGGCCGUGAAUUCAUCUCAUGGGAAAUGGAGGAAUGGACCUCAUCCAUUUCGACCUUGCUGCACCACAUCGCCGUACAAGCCCCAUGGCAAAACGGUGUCGCAGAGAAGUCAGGAGGAAUCCUGAAAACCUUGAUGUCAGCCAUUGUGCGUUCGAAGUCAGUGGUGACCAAAGAGGAGAUGGACCUCGCUCUGGCUGAAGCCGUUGCGGCUUACAAUGGUGAUGUUGAUGGUGAGUCAGGGACUUCACCAUAUCAGGCUGCGCUCGGACGACAACCCCGGAUGAUUGGUGACGUUCUUGGUGGAGUUCAACAGCGUUUGGCAGAACAUGGACUCAUUGAGUCCAAACCUAGUUUGGCCCGCCAGCUGGCAAUGAGGGAGGUGGCCAAAGUAGCUAUGACUCGACUCCACUUCUCACGUGGAAUGAGAAAGGCGGAAUUGGCACGAUCUCGAGAUGCCACCUUUGAGUCUUUGCCUGAACCUGGAAGCAUUUGCUACUUCUACAGGCCCCUGCGGUUCAACACCAAGACCUCGGUGAGUCGCAAGCGUUUGACACUGAAGAGAUGGCAUGGACCUGCUUUGUUAGUGGCUUUGGAGGGCAAUUCCAGCGCCUUCUUGUCCUACAAGGGCCAACUCACAAAAUGCGCGCUUGAACAUGUGCGCAAGGCUAGCUCCAUGGAACAGAUCGCAGCCGGGACUUGGCGUGAAGCCAUUGAAGAAGCAGUCGAGGCAGCACGUCUCGAUGUUCCACUUCCUGGUGCCGGAGAAGUUCAGUUGUUGCCGGAAGAGGAUGGUGUGACAGAA